AUGGCAGAAGCGGAGUUACAAACCUUUACCUCUAUCAUGGACGCGUUGGUUCGUAUAAGUUCCAACAUGAAGAGUAUGGAGAAGGAGCUGCAUUGCCCAGUGUGUGAUGAGAUGGUGAAGCAGCCCAUCCUUCUGCCAUGCCAGCAUAGUGUGUGUCUGCUGUGUGCGGCUGAGGUGUUGGUACAAAGAGGCUACCCUCCCCCAGACCUGCCCCCGGAACCAAACUCACCAGCCUCCACACCCAACACCCGCUCCCCACGACUGGCACGCAGACCCAUACCCAGGACCCCCGACCGCCUGGAGCGAGUCCUCAGAACAGUGUGUGGGACCUACCCAGGGCGUAGGCGGAAGGAUACAGCCCAUCCCCCCAUGCUGUUCCCAUGUCCUUCCUGUCAGCAGGACGUAGAGCUUGGAGAAAAAGGCCUGACAGACUGCCUCCGCAACCUCACUCUGGAGCGGAUUGUGGAGAGGUAUAGGCACACAGUAAAUCUGGGCAGCAUAGCCAUCAUGUGUGGUUUCUGUAAACCUCCUCUGUCUCUGGAGGCCUCUAAGGGCUGUGCUGACUGCAAGUCCAACUUCUGCAAUGAGUGUUUCAAACUCUACCACCCCUGGGGAACCCCCCGAGCCCAGCACGAACACAUUCUACCCACCAACAGCUUUCGGCCUAAGGUCCUAACGUGCACAGAGCAUGAGCAGGAAAGACUGCAGUGGUACUGCCGUAACUGCCAGAGGUUGCUGUGCCCACUUUGUAAGCUCCGUCGGAUCCACCAUGGACACAAAGUGCUGCCAAUAGCACAAGCCUACCAGGCCCUGAAGGACAAAGUUACCAAGGAGGUUAACUUCAUCUUGGCCAACCAGGAAACAAUACAGAGUCAGAUCACUCAACUGGAAGCUGCCAUCAAACAGAUGGAGGCGAACAGUGCAGUGGCUCUGCAGCACCUGACCCACUCUAUUCAGGAGCUGGGAGCUGCUGUAGUUGAGCGUCAGGGGCUUUUGGCUCUUGCUCUGGAGGGAUCCCACAACAGGAGGCAAGAUGCCCUGUCUUUUCAGGUCUCAGAGAAGCAAGGCCUGCUGGAGCAUACAGGCCUCAUGGCCUUCACACAGGAGUUGCUCAAAGAGACUGAUCCACCCUGUUUUGUACAGGCCGCCAGAGUCACUCACAACAGGCUGGUGAAGGCCAUAGAAAACCUGCAGUGUUUCUCUCUCUCUGCUGAUCCCUCCUUCAGACACUUUCACCUAGACGCAUCAAAAGAGAUCAAACUCAUCAACAGCUUGGAGUUCAUACGUGCCCCACUGGCCCCAGUCAUUGACACGCAGAAGACACUAGCAUACGACCAGCUGUUUUUGUGCUGGCGCCUCCCUCAGGACUCGGCCCCGGCUUGGCACUUUUCUGUAGAAUACCAACGACGGGCAGGAGUAGUUGGAGCCACAUGGGGCGGUACCAGAUCCCCUAAUACUUUAACAACAUGGCUGCGUCUGGAUGAGGUUAGAGGAACCAGUGCUGUGGUCGACCGGCUGCAGAUGGACAGUGUGUACGUGCUUAGGGUGAGAGGCUGCAACAAGGCCGGGUUUGGAGAGUACAGUGAAGAGGUUUACCUCCACACUCCACCUGCACCUGUGUUAAGUUUCUCUUUAGACUCUCGCUGGGGGUUGCACGCUGAUAGGCUGGCACUGGGUAGAGGCCAGACCUAUGCACGUAGUGUGCCAGGCCUGUCCCUUCUGCAGGCUGCUGACCGCACACUCACUUCCUGCCACUUGACCUCUGACCUGCUGGUGGCAGACUUGGCCAUCACUCAAGGCAGACAUUACUGGGCAUGCUCUGUUGAGCCUGGUUCCUACCUGGUCAAGGUUGGAGUAGGACAGGAGACAAAGCUACAAGAGUGGUUCCAUCUCCCCCAGGACAUGGCCAGCCCUCGCUGUGACCCAGACAGUGGCAAUGACAGCGGGGCAGAAGACGGCCAGGACUUCCCUCCCAUCUGCUUCCUCACCAUAGGCAUGGGCAAAAUUCUGCUUCCUCAAGGACAUGGUCACAAUCAGAGCCAAGUGGACAACCAGAGCCAGAGCCAGGGAGGAGCGCACUCCCACAGUAGCAGCCAUAGUAGUCUGCCACACCCUCAUACCACUCCUCUGCCACCCCGACUCGGGGUCUGUCUGGACUGUGACAAAGGACGCGUCACCUUCUAUGAUGCCCACUCAUUGCGUAUCCUAUGGGAGGGACAUGUAGAUUGCUCAGCUCCUGUGUGUCCGGCUUUCUGCUUCAUUGGUGGAGGGGCCCUGCAGCUGCAGGAUCUUGUGGCCAAUCGGAGCAUCGAAGACCCGCCACCACGGAGGGUAACCAUCCAAACACGUGCAACAAAUCUAAGUAAAUAAACUGUGAGGGAGGCAGUUUAUUAGCACAGUUCAGUCAGUGAUCAAAGUUUACAGUAAUGAGAGAAACCAGAUAGACCUUUAUUCUCCCAUGUAUGAAAUUGCCUUGCCUUGAUCCUGUCAAGCUUUGAUACUUGAUUGAACUGUCACUGUGAACAUGAUCAUUUUUUUCAUUUUUGGUGUAAUUUUUGAGAUCUGACCACAAAUAUUUGU